AUGGUGGACCCGCAACAAUGGCAGCUUCUUCCACCCGAACUGGUAGAGCUUCAAAUCGGCCAAAUCGACCUAUUGCUGGCCAUGUACCCGGAAGAAACCGUGCUUGACGAAAACUCCCAGCAUAUAUUGGAUAUCUUUCGUGGGACCGACAUUGAUAGAGCAAAAGCUGUGGUCAAAGUCACACCUAGUAUACCGGUGAAUCUUGAUCUGCCUAUCGCAAUAUCCGAAGAAGAGUCAUCGAAUUCCCAAACAUUGCGACUGGAUCUUGGGGUACCGUUUGUAUACGAGGGAUACCAGCCACCGUUAGAUCCACCGGAAGUCAAAGUCCGCAUACAACAACCCCAUUGGAUGAGUAGAGCAGCGACAGCGCAGUUGACAUCAGAGCUCCCGCAAGACGAAGACCUACUUGGCACCAUCGAGCAUAUUCGAGAAGCAGCCGUUGCGUAUCUAGUGGAAGCUCAGAAGAAAGACACAAACGCGGUACAUGUAACCGAGGAGGUCGGCCCACUUGUAAGAGUCUGGUUCUACUUCCCCUCGAUUAGCACUCGAUCCAAACGCGACGACUUCAUCAUUCACGCCCCAUUAUACCAAUUGACCGGUUUCCUGUAUGCCGGAAAGCCUGGUCUGCUCUGUGUGGAAGGUGGCUCGCAGAGAAUCGAUGACUAUAUGAAAUUCAUCAAGACUGAGAGCUGGGGAGAUAUCCCUGCGCAUCACAAGAAGGUCAGCGAGCGACACAGGGAAAAGUGCGAGAAGAAGGUGUUUCACGAUAUGACCGAGAUUACAGAUACUGUAGGUGAGAGAAGAGGUCAAAGAGCAAAUAGAGGGGAUAUGAAGGCGAUUGAAGAGUGGCUAGUGGAGAGGGGACUGGGCGAUGCCUUCACGAAAGUUUUGAUGUAG